ACUACCAAACGCCCUCCUUUAAAUUCUAACCAUUUGCUCUACCCAAUUGCAUACAUUCUUCCGGAUUUUCAGUCUUCCGCCAUGCUCGUCUUUGUGCCAUAGUUUCGAGCUUCAAUGGAUCCUUACCAAGAACAGCGUCUCAGAGAAGAAGUGAUGUACCUCCAUUCUCUCUGGCAUAGAGGCCCACCGCGAUCCCAAAACCCUAUCCCAAAUCCGUAUUUCCUCCGCCCAACAACAUUCGUUAGAAGGGGAUACUUACCUCCCGUGAAACGGAGCAGAAUCCAGAGGGAAUAUUCAGAUCCCGGAAUUGAUUGGUCCUGCAAAAUAAGAAAAGAUACGCGGCGGGCAACUGCUCCUGGUUGGCCCAGUGUCUCCAUUCAGUCAAGUUCCCAACCCCGUUCGCUAACCCCAAAAGAACAGGCCCGGAUGGAUUCUAUUCAGGCCCAAAAAGCGGCUUUGAAGGCCGUAAGUGAUUUUCUAAGCUGUAGAUACAACGCCGAUGGAGAAGGAAACGAGGAUGAAUGCAUAGAUGAAUUUGAGGAAGGAGACAUGGAUGAUACAACUGAGGGAGAAGGGUGCAGGAACUUUGAUUUUUUUGAAAAAUUGUAUGAGACUGACAGUGCACUGAGGGUCAUGAUGCACUACUUGAUACGUCCACCCCUUAAGUCGACAGACCACACAAUGCGUCACCCCUUCUCUUCACACUUCUUCAUGUUUCUGACAGACCGAAAUCAAGUUGUAAGCCAAAGACACUGGUUCUGCUUCCCAUCCGUCCGAGUAGCCCGUAUACCCGUCAGGUAAACAUUCUAAUAUCCUACCCUGUAGUUAGUACUACCCUCUAGCAUUGCUUCCUCACUACAAAAUAAACUUGGCCCGUCUUCUAAUAACCUGGUGGAUGGUCAGGUAAUUGUGUCAUCAAUCAUCAUUUGUUUUGAGUAUUCAACUUUUGGUUAGUUUUCUACUCAAUAUGUAACCAAGAGCUACAUAGUCUGGACUGGAGUUUAUCAAAUAACCAGCCAGGUUUGAGUUUUCAAACCUCUAAAUGCGUAAAUAAUGGGCAUUAUUGCUAUAAUUCAAGAUGCUUGAAUUAUCCAUGAAUGAAGACGUUGGAAUGAGUGGUACGACUUAGCUAAAAUAUUAUGCCAAGCUUGACAACCAUUGAUGCAUUUGACAUGAGUAACUGACUAACUGUUUUCACGUGACAGGAGAACAAUAAUGGCUCUUUCAAAGAUGCUUUGACUAUUUCAGGCAGUCAUGCUGAGGUUGUGACUAUUGAUAAUGGUGGAUCUGCACCUUUUGAGGAGAACAUUGAUAAUGGCGUUAAAGAUGACUUAAAGCCCCCAGACAGUGCUAUUGACAUUUUGAAUGGUCAGGGUGAUGAAAUGUCUUUUCAAAACAAGUCCUUUAGCAUUGACAACUGGCAAGAUAACACUCGUAGUGAAUCUGCUGUUCUUGAGGGUAACAUUCAGAACUGUGUUAAAGAUGGCUUAAAGCACCCAGACAGCGCUGUGGACGUUGUGAAUGGAAAUGGUAACAUUGAGAACUGUGUUAAAGAUGGCUUAAAGCACCCAAACAGCGUCGUGCACGUUGUGAAUGGAAAUUUUGGUGAACUGUUUCCUCAAAACAAGUCCUCUAAUAUUGAUAGCUCACAAGAUAGCAGUGGCAGCAAAUCAGCGGUUCUAGAGGAAUCUGCAGAGGAUGCUGCUGCGUGUUUCACUUAAUAGACCACGCUCUAUAGCAAGGCCAGGAAUGUAAGAGUAUCUUAUCUUUGACUUUUUUAUUUUAUUUAUGGGAAUGCCUUCCAAAUUCCAAUGCUCAAUGUUUAUGCGUGACUGCAAUAGGACUAGAGGUGGCAAUUGCCAAUUAGGUCAAUCAGAUCGGUUUCGGAUUGGAUUUUUUGGUUUGGGUAUCUUUCGAAUAUAUGUUAUAAUGGGUU